AUGGUACCUGUCCUUGCAGACAACAUCGCUAAUCACCCAGCCUUCGAGGGCUACCAGCUUCGGAUCAAAGAGCCUACAUUCUGCGAUCCAUCCGUGCAACAGUACUCUGGAUACCUGGAUAUAACGGAGGGAAAACAUCUCUUCUUCUGGUUCUUCGAGUCGCGUUCCAAUCCUUCCGAAGACCCCGUUGUUCUAUGGCUCAACGGCGGACCGGGAUGCAGCUCCACUUCUGGUCUCCUCUUCGAGCUCGGGCCCUGCAGCAUCUCCGACGAAGGAAACAGUACGGCGCUCAAUCCAUAUAGCUGGAACUCGCAAGCCAACAUCAUCUUCCUCGACCAGCCCAUCGACGUCGGUUUCUCCUACUCUACCGACGGCUCCACGGUCAUCAGUACACCUGAUGCAGCUAAGGACGUAUACGCUUUCCUCGCGAUUUUCAUGAGCACGUUCCCUAAGUACGCCAAGCUGCCUUUUCACCUUGCUGCAGAGAGUUACGGCGGGCGGUACGCGCCGCACAUGGCGAGCGAGAUCAUCCACCGCAACCGGGAUCGCGCGCCUGGUGUCCCCGAAGUCAAUCUCGCGUCGGUGAUGAUUGGCAAUGGUCUCGUGGAUCCGCGUAUUCAGAUGCCGAGUGUCGUUGAGUACGCAUGUUCGGGCCCGUACGCGAUCUAUGACGACCCGUAUGGGGCAGAAUGCCAGGCUCUCCGGCUCGCAGCGCCGACAUGCCAGGGCCUAAUCGAGCAGUGCUACAAGCAUGAUAGUCGCUUGACGUGCAUCCCCGCAUCGGAGGUCUGCUGGAAUGGCGUGUUCGGCCCCGUCUUCAGUCACGGCCACAAUAUGUACGACGCGCGCAAGAAGUGCGAGCCAGAGGAAAACGGCGACCUGUGUUAUAAGGGUCUUCAGUACGUCGAGAAGUGGAUGAACAGUCCUGCGGUGCAAGCCGAGCUUGGCGUCGAUCCAGCCGCACCGGCUGAGUACAAGACUUGCAAUGUCGCUGUGACACUCAAAUUCAGGUUCCUCGUUGGCGAUGGGAUGAAGAACGGCGCGGCGCUGCUUCCCGAGCUGAUUGAACAUGGCGUGAGGUUAUUGAUAUACGCGGGCAACGCAGAUCUCAUGUGCAACUACCAAGGCGAAACGAAGUUUGUCGAAGCGCUUCCGAACCUUUAUCAGAACGAGUUCCAAGCAGCGCCGUUCAAAUCGUGGACCAUCGACGGAAAUCGAGUCGGCUUGGUCCGCUCCGCAGGCGUCAGUCCCGAGUCGGCGGGCAACCUCACACUCGCUAUUGUAUAUGAGGCUGGGCAUAUGGUCCCGCACGACCAGCCCGAGGUCGCUUUGGACAUGAUGCUCAGAUGGAUCAACGAUGAGCCUAUCGCGUAG